CUUCUAUCUUUGCUUUCUACUUCUCACCUACCUCUGCAGACUGCAGAUUCAUUUCAAGGUUUUUGAUUAUUAACUCUAAUAUGGGUUUAUUGAACCCUAAUCAACGAUCAUCACGAGGCACUCAAUUGGAUCCUCAUUUAACCAGUAGCAGCAGCAGCAGUGCAUCAAAUUCACCAUCAUCAAUCAAUAUGCAUAAUUCAAGAAAGAAAUGGUCCAAUCUUUUGCCUCUAUUCUUAGUCCUAGUUUUUAUAGCCGAGAUCAGUUUUUUGGGUCGACUCGACUUGAUUAAGAAUACUGAUCUCCUCAACUCCUGGACUGAAUCAUUCUACCAGUUUACGACGACUUCCUUUUCUUCCUCUUCUCUUGAUGAUGCCGAUGAGGUCUCAAUGUUGGGGUUGUCGGGGGCCGGCUUGGAUGUGGUGGGUUCCGACGAUGGUGGAGAGAGUUGUGAGGAGUGGUUGGAAAGAGAAGAUUCUGUGGUGUAUUCCAGGGACUUUGAAAAACACCCUGUAUAUGUCACUGGUGCGGAGCAGGAGUGGAAGUCUUGUGAUGUUGAAUGCAAGUUUGGCUUUGACAAUAAGAAGGCUGAUGCUGCGUUUGGGUUGCCUAAUCAAGCUGGUACAGCUGGUGUUCUUCGGUCGAUGGAAUCUGCUCAAUACUAUGCUGAGAACAACAUUGCUAUGGCACGACGAAAAGGGUACAACAUCAUUAUGACAACCAGUCUCUCCUCAGAUGUCCCUGUUGGUUAUUUUUCAUGGGCAGAGUAUGAUAUGAUGGCCCCUGUUCAGCCAAAAACUGAGAAAGCGUUGGCAGCUGCAUUCAUUUCAAACUGUGCUGCUCGCAAUUUCCGCUUACAAGCACUUGAAGGACUUGAAAAGUCGAACAUCAAGAUUGAUUCUUACGGUGGUUGUCACCGAAAUCGUGAUGGAAAUGUGAACAAGGUUGAAGCUCUGAAGCGUUACAAAUUUAGUUUGGCUUUUGAAAAUUCCAAUGAGGAAGAUUAUGUCACUGAAAAGUUCUUUCAGUCCCUUGUUGCAGGAUCUGUUCCUGUUGUUGUCGGUGCUCCAAAUAUCCAAGAUUUUGCUCCUGCACCUGGUUCCAUUUUACAUAUCAAGGAACUAAAAGAUAUUGACUCGGUUGCCAAGACCAUGAAACAUCUUGCAGAGAAUCCUGUUGCCUACAACGAAUCACUAAGAUGGAAAUAUGAUGGGCCUUCUGAUUCUUUCAUGGCCCUUGUAGAUAUGGCUGCUGUUCAUUCAUCUUGCCGUUUAUGCAUCUUUCUUGCAACAAGAAUCCAUGAGAAAGAAGAGAAAAGUUCUGUAUUUCCAAAGCGACCUUGCAAAUGUAGAAGGGGCUCUGAAACUGUAUACCACAUCUAUGUAAGAGAAAGAGGGAGGUUCAACAUGGAGUCUGUUUUUCUAAGGUCCGGGAACUUGACCAUGGAUGCCUUAGAAACCGCUGUUCUGUUGAAGUUCAAGUCUCUAAAACACGAACCCAUCUGGAGAAACGAAAGGCCCGAAAGCAUAAGAGGCGACGAGAAGGUGCUCAAAGUUUACAGAAUAUACCCUGUUGGGAUGACUCAAAGGCAAGCUUUAUACACAUUUAGUUUCAAAAGCAGUACUGCAUUUACAAGUCACAUAAAAAGCAAUCCGUGUGCGAAAUUUGAGGUCAUCUUGGUGUAAGUAGGCGUGGUGUUCUCCUCUAAAGGUUGGUACGCCAUUCAGACCCUACAGUUCUAACCGUAGCACAUGGGGCAACAUAGGAUUCACCGAGAGUUGAAUCAGUGUACCUGAUGAAUUUUGAUUUCUGAGAGAAUCAAAUUAUAAUGAGUGCACGUAGAUUUUACAUAUUAAGUACGGUAUUCGAUUGUACUUUGUUGGUAGUUCCAUGAGUGAUGAGAGGAUAGAUGAAGAUGAAAAGGUUUCAUGUGUGCUUGUUGUUUCCUGAUAUAUGAUAAGUUCAGUUUUAGUUCUUUUUUGUU